GGAAACACAAACCUUCAUCCAAGAUGGCGACGUUGGCAGUGAGCAGAGCUCCUCUCGCGGGUUUCAGUUUCGAAAACUGCCGAAGAAAUGUGCUUCUAGAAGGUGAAGCCGGUAAACUGGGAUGCAGUUUGCCUGCUGCUCGGAAAACCGGAACCACCAUCUGUGGCAUCGUCUUCAAGGACGGCGUCGUCCUCGGCGCCGACACCAGAGCCACUGAGGGAAUGGUGGUCGCUGAUAAAAACUGCUCCAAGAUCCACUACAUCUCCCCCAACAUUUACUGCUGUGGAGCAGGAACUGCUGCAGACACGGAGAUGACCACCCAGAUCAUCUCGUCCAACCUGGAGCUGCACGCGCUCUCCACAGGCAGGCUGCCGCGCGUCGCCACCGCUAACCGCAUGCUGAAGCAGAUGCUCUUCAGGUAUCAGGGUUACAUCGGUGCUGCUCUGGUUCUGGGCGGAGUGGACUGUAACGGACCUCACCUGUACAGCAUCUACCCUCACGGCUCUACGGAUAAGCUGCCCUACGUCACCAUGGGCUCCGGCUCGCUGGCUGCCAUGGCGGUCUUUGAGGAUCGUUACAAACCGGACAUGGAGGAGGAGGAUGCCAAGCGGCUGGUGAGGGACGCCAUCGCUGCAGGCAUCUUUAACGACCUUGGCUCCGGCAGCAACAUUGACCUGACCGUCAUCACCAAGGGCAACGUGGACUACAUCCGACCCCAUGAUGAGGCCAACAAGAAGGGCGUCAGGACCGGGGAUUACAAGUACAAAAGGGGAACCACUGCGGUGCUGUCCCAGUCCGUCACCCCGCUGCUCCUGGAGGUGGUGAACGAGUCCGUCCAGACUAUGGACACCUCCUAAACUCCUGCUGCUCCUCUGUUUCUUUGUUCACAAUAAAUGUUUGGAGUCA